UAGAUGCCCAGGGGAUUUCCAUGGUUGGAAUGAAUGCUGUGACCUAAAAUGACCCAUUAAAAAAAUUUAAGGCUCUAACAUCUCUGAAGAAUGAAUGAAAUCCAGCCUUCCUGUUGGAAUAGCACACCUGUCUUGUUCAACAAAUCUUGGAGUGGAGGGCAUUACUACCAAGUGAUCAGUGCAGCAGAAACAAUCAUCCUUCCCUCUCUAAUUGGGAUUAUCUGCUCAAUGGGAUUAGUUGGCAAUAUCCUCAUUGUGUUCACUAUAGUAAGGUCUAGAAAAAAAAACAUUCCAGAUAUCUAUAUCUGCAAUCUGGCUGUAGCAGAUUUGGUUCAUAUCAUUGGCAUGCCCUUUCUCAUUCAUCAGUGGGCCCGCGGAGGAGAGUGGGUGUUUGGCAGCCCUCUAUGUACCAUCAUUACAUCCUUAGACACAUGCAACCAGUUUGCAUGCAGCGCUAUUAUGACAGUCAUGAGUUUGGACAGGUACUUGGCUCUUGUCCAACCAUUUCGCCUCACUAACCUGAGAACAAGAUCAAAGACUAUUCGCGUUAAUUUAUGCCUGUGGGCAGCUUCACUGAUCCUUGUGUUUCCUGUGUGGGUCUACUCAAAAGUAAUCAAAUUCAAAGACGGCUUAGAGAGUUGUGCUUUUGAUCUAACGUCACCUGAUGAUGUACUUUGGUACACGCUUUAUCUGACUAUCACAACUUUCUUUUUCCCAUUACCACUGAUAUUCAUUUGCUAUAUAUUGAUUUUAUGUUACACAUGGGAGAUGUAUCAGCAAAACAAGCAAGCAGGAUGUUACAAUACCAGUAUCCCAAGACAAAGGGUCAUGAGACUGACCAAGAUGGUGCUGGUGCUGGUCGGUGUAUUUGUUGUAAGUGCUGCUCCAUACCACGUGAUACAGCUCGUGAAUCUUCAGAUUUCUCAGCCAUCACUGACAUUCUAUGUGAGCUAUUACUUCUCCAUCUGCCUCAGCUAUGCCAGCAGCGGCAUUAACCCUUUCCUUUACAUACUACUUAGCGGGAACUUUCGGAAGCGUCUGACUCGGUGCACAAAUGUCAAGCUCAAAAUGACAGAACGUGAAGUUAACAACAUUGAAAACACACUGAGGUCAAGCUUUUAA